AUGGAUGUUAGGGACGUUCUCGGAUUUGACUCCAAAAGGAAUGUAUCUCUUAAAAGAAAUCUACAGCCUCCAUCGUUGAAUCGUAUUUCCGAUAAUGACAAUUUUACUGAACCCCGGCUCAAAAUUCCCAAAAAGGAUGAAUUAAAUAUAGCUGACACUGAUAGUAAUAUUUUGGAAUCUCGGACUGAUGCCGAAGAUGAACUUGGAAUGGUUAGUGAGGAGGAUAUUACAGAAUCCACAGUAAGAAAAAUGUGUAGCAUCCUCGAAAAACGCAUAUUAGCUAAUCAAGAGGCUCGCACCAAAUUUCCCGAUCAGCCAACAAAGUUUAUGGAUUCAGAGGUGGAAUUACAAGAGACUGUCGAGAGCAUGCAGAUCUUAUCGGCAAACCCGAACCUAUAUGGUGUAUUAGCGGCUCAAACAAAGGCUCUUCACUUGCUUCUUGGUCUUCUAUCUCAUGAGAAUACUGAUAUCAGUGUUAAUGUUAUAGAUCUUUUAUCUAAUCUGCUUGAACCCACCGGUCUGAAGGAUGCGAAUCAAGAUGCUGUUGGUCCCUUGCUAGAUUUCUUUUUUUCAAAUCAAAUUGUACAGCUUCUGACACAGAAUCUGAGUCGUUUGAAUGAGACAAUACGUGAUGAAGCGGAGGGAGUUCACUCGACUCUUGGAAUAAUCGAAAGCCUUUUGGAUAUUCGGCCUGAAAUGGCCGCGAAAAUUGCAAAUCAGGGCAUUUGUACUUGGAUUAUGCGACGUAUUCAACGCCCUCAAUUCGAUAAGAACAAGCUCUAUGCAUCGGAGAUUUUAUCCAUCCUGUUGCAGCUGGAUGAUGCUAAUAAGACCCGGUUGGGAGAGGUGGAUGGAAUUGAUAUUCUUCUUCAACAGCUAGCUGUUUACAAGAGACACGAUCCAACUAGUAGAGAGGAGGCUGAGAUGAUGUACAACUUCUUUGAUUGUUUGUGUUCUACGUUAAUGUUAGCUUCCAAUAAAGACAAGUUUUUGAGAGGCGAAGGCAUACAACUUAUGAAUCUGAUGCUUCGUGAGCGCCAUGCUGCUCGAGAUUGCGCCUUGAAGGUUCUUGACUAUGCAAUGGCCGUGGUAUCCCCAUCGGAGAGCGGAAUCGGCGGUUCUACGGGCACUUUUCUCCUUUCGGAGGGUGAAGCGGCCGCAGCAGCCAAUUGCAAUAAAUUUGUUGAGGUUCUAGGUCUUCGUACUAUCUUCCCCCUCUUCAUGCAUUCACCCCAGGCCAAGGGUGCCAAAUUGGCUCAAGCUAUUAAAGAGAAAUCCCUUCCUGGACCUACUACUGCUGAAAUUGAGGAGUAUAUCAUCAGCAUCGUAGCAGCUCUUCUGCGUCAAUGCACAGGUCCAUACCUCCAGCGUGUGCUGGCCAAAUUUACAGAAAAUGAGCACGAGAAGGUUGAUCGUCUUAUCGAAUUGCACUUUCAAUAUCGCGAGAGGGUUGAUAAAGCAAAUAUCGCAAUUGAAUCUCUACGUCAGCGUCUCUCGCAGCAUCCAGACGUGAGCAAAGAAGAGCUGGAAGAAAUGAUAACUAUUAAAAAGAUGGAUAGUGGUCUACUCUCCUUCCAACUUAUUGACACUUGUCUCCUUGAUAUCUCUGUCAAUGGGGCGCCAUCGAUUCUGGGAUGUAUUCAAGGUCUUCUGAAGAUGCGAGGUGCGUCCACUACAGAUUUGGUAGCUACGGUUAGAGAUUACGCUGAAAGUCUUGGUGAGAGUCAGACCGUCAUGACCCCAGAAAAGGCAAGAGUCCUCCGCAUCAUCGGUCGAUUUGGAGAAAUGGAAAAUCGACCGCCUCAAGCAACUUCGACUUCAGUCAGUGACAUCCCACUUCCUCCCACCCUUCCCCAAUAA